UGUAAAAGGAAACACAGGCAGCUGAGCUGGGGCUGAGGAAUCAGGGCAGAGGGGGUGUCAGAAAAGCAAAGGGCGACAACUCACCUGCAAAUUUGCACAAGCUAGUUGUAGAAAGAGGUGAAUGGUUCUUUAAAGAACUAAAUACUAUUUUUAACAACUCAAAUUUGAAGAAAGGAAGCAUAUCUUGGAAGAAAUUACCAAAUACUGAAUGUAACUGGAGAAGAACAAUUCUUUUUGUGAAAGUUAGCAUCUCCAAUGUAAUAAACCAGCAGGAAUCCGUAUGACUACAACCCACCCGACUGGCAAACAGGGAGACCUAACCUGUUUGUUUAGCUUUUUUAUGUAUAUAUGCUUAGCUACACCAAGUAAGCUAUGGAGUUAGUGGGGGCCACGUUAAGAGAUGUGACUUCACUACAAAACUUUUACUCUGAAAAAGAGGUCAUUCCAAAUGGGGUUCACAUGUUUGCUCUUUGGAAGCAGUAUUGAUGAGGUGCAGAGAAAAUGGGGCAAAAACCAUCACAACAGUUGGCUCUGGAGGAGAGCGGAAAGGUUCUCAGUGUCUACAAGGUGGCCAGUAGAGCUAUAGUCCAUGCAGCUCAGAAACUGAAGGCGUAUUUGGAAUUUGAAGACCCUCUGAGCAAUCUAUGCCCAGCUCCAAACACUCUGAAUGAGAUCUUCUUAAUCCGCUUCAUUACUUUCUGCCAGGGAAAGAGAGCUGAUGGGUGGCUCACCACUGCCUAAGUGACUAAGCGCCAAGCCUUACUGUUUGGAGACUGGACUCGGACCGCCUGGGGAUGAAAGGAAAUAAGGCUUCAGCUGGCAGUACAGACUCUGCAGAUGUCUUUCUUCUCUGUCUCCUGGGAAUCUAAGCCUUGUGACCUCUCCCAUCCAGAAUCCCGGGUGGAGGAGUCUUCCAGGAAGAGAAGUAGAUGUGAUACUGUGGACGAGUUCUGCAACCUGAUAGGAGAGGAUUGUCUGAGCCUGUUUAUCAUCUUCGGUGUGCCAGGAAAACCCGAGGACCUCAGAGGGGUUGUGCUGGACAGUGUCAAAAGUGAGCCAGUGAAGGACAGUCCGCCAGGAGGGAAAGCUGUGGCACGAGUUGUCCUGGAAACUGAAGAUUGUGUCUCCAUCAGAGAGCUGGUUGGAAACUGUAUGAGUAAGAAAGACGGGCUGAGAGAGGUGGGCAAGUUUUGUAUUAGCUUCCUUUGAACUGGGUAUGUGUGAUGAGACUGGCCUGUAAGAUGAAAAGAAAAAAACAUUCCAAUUAGCAACCUCACCUACAUGUAUCAUCCCAGCGUGGGAUCUUCCCAUCCCCCACCCCUCACAGAAGGAAAAUGAUCACCUGGAUCAAAACAUAGCAGUGCCAUGACCAUGGGGAGAAAAAAACCCAGCCCAUAUUGUGGGGAACACACAAUAUAACUUAAAUUCAAUAACAAAAGGAGGAAAGGAUAAUAAAAUCACUCUUAAUGUUUCAUGUACC